UCUUAGUAAAGUUAAGCACACAGGCUCAUACACAGGCACAUACCUACCUAAAUACAUACCUAAGGUAGCGAACGGGCAGUGAGUUGUAACAAAAUACAUGUACCUAAGUCAACCCUUUUUUUUUAUUCGACUUGUUCAGUGUCUAAAAACUGAGCCCCGCCUUCAACUUUCUAAUCAACCUUCGAUUUUCUCAUUCCCUUCCCCCUCCUCCCCAACCAAACUUUGAAUUGAAAUUUCUCUACUAGUCCUACUUCCGAUUCGAAGCAUGAUGUGAGAUUAACAAACUGUGGUAUUUGGUAUUGAAACGAUGGAUAGGGAUAUCACUGGUGUCGAAUCGUGGAGACGAACUCGCCUCGGAAACGAACCGAUUUAUUGUGCUGCACCACCGCCGUCGGACCCUGACGACAUUAUCUGCCUAGGCUCAGAUGAAGAACUCGACGAUGCCGAAAAAAUCGCCAAGAGGUUAAGGUAUGAGGCGCAAGCACUACGAUACUUACAGGGAAAGCCUGUUCGAAUUAUGUCCGCAUCUCUACAUGGUCCCUUCGACGAAGCUUCCGGCUGGAAGAACCCAUGGCUCCCGAAGCAACCUGCAGUCAAGAAAUCCGUUGUCAAAUCCAAAUAUACGGCCAACUCUACCCCAUCGUUCAAGGAUCGUCUCCUUAAGAGUUCUCAGCGCUUUGAGCAGAAAUAUAAUACCACAUCCGGCACUGAUAGUUCUAUGCGUUGUCAUUUACCUAGCCCCGAAAGUAACCGCGAGUUACAGUUCUCCGGCCAUUCGUUGGAGACCGAGAAGCAGAGUCGGAUACAGGCGUGGACGAAGGAGGUAUCAAGAAAUACUAUAUUAGAGAGAGAUGAGUUUUGGGCACCUAAUCAAGUAGUCUGUGACGACAACGGCGAGCCUAGAAAGAAACGACCUAUUGGGCAAGAAUGGUUAAGGAAGACAUCAAAACGAAAGAAGCUGAGCAGUUCACAAAACACCAACACAAAAUUUACGCCCACACCCCUAUUAUCGACGCAGGCACCGAUCCGAAGUACCUCAGUUCCUCUAAGCAUACACUGUCCUGAAACUACGGGUUUCUCAAAGUUGAAGGCUAACCACAGCUUUGAAUUGGCUACUCCAUCAUCUACGAUUAGCCGAAAGUGUCCAGAACUAAAGCGCGGAAGAGAGAUUGAGGUUACUACGCAAGGCGAGACGACGCCGCUAGGGGGCAAUUUCUCUAGUGGUGCUCAACUAAGUGCCAAGGACAUAAUAGUGCAGCCUACUGGCACAAAGAUUGCCUUUACUACGCACGACUGCUCACUCAUGAAAGCCAAGGAAUGCGGGUCCAUUUCGGAUCCUGAAAGAACAACUCGUUCAAACGAGUCCCCUGUGAAUCUAAGCAAGCAAGACACUUCAAUACGCGAAGGAGCAGAAGAGGAUUCUACUUUCGAGAGUUACGUAGACCAAAGUUUUCACUAUCGAGCACGGCCCCCAAAGGAGUCGACUCCCAUAGCUGGUCCGGUCUCAGUCGCGAGUAUUCAUUCUAAGCUGACUCAGACUGGAACAACCGAAACUCCGAAAGACGAAGAUGUGGCGGCUGUUACCAUUCCCAGAAAUCUAUCCCCCCUACCACAGGCUACUGUGUCGUACCAUUGUGUUAGCAUGGGACCGAUAGCUAUAGCUCAAGCGUCUGUGCAUUUACUAGAGUCAAUGUAUAGCCGUGAGGAAGAUGACGACGACAUUCAAAAAUAUCAAUGCCAGAUCGCAUCGUCAGCACUAAAAGACGAAAUUCUCAGGGACCAAACCAUCAACGGUGAUGUUGAAGAACCACAUAAGUGCAACGAAACCAUUGGUUAUGUAGUCUCAACAGAGCCUGGGCUUUAUGAUGAUCCAAAAAUGGUUGACGAGAAUCUCCGUCUACUGCGAACCUCCGCAACUGGCAUGUCAAUCCUGGCGGAGACUGCCAACGCUCUUCACCCAGAGAAUACGGCCACAGAAUACAACGUCCCAGACGUGGUAAUUCACACCUCGCACGUAUCACAUAUAGUAUUUGAUGCAGAAAGGAAAAGAAGCGUCGACAGCCUCGAAAGCCCUGCGGUCUUCAAAACCCAUCCGACCGAUUUUGCAUUAUUGAUAGAUGAGGGGUCUACCUUAACCAAUGAUCCAAUAAAUUUUAAUCGGGCCACACCAAUCGAGACCACUGAUUUGCUUACACUCAACCACGUAUCUAACAACGCAGAUGCCAGGGCAGAAGCACACGACCCAACAGGGAAUUUAGUAGGAAUAACACGAAGAACAGAAUCGGAUAGCGAAUCCGACCCAGUCACAGUACCACUACCACAAUUGGAAUGGAGCAUUGGUGACGAUAAGCCGAAUAUCCCAAUUGCCAACGUUGAAGAGGCUCUCGAGAAAGACACUCCGGCCGAGACCGCUAUGUUAGAUCGUCCUUCAUCCGUAGACCUAACAGUCAAGCACAUUAAGCUGGAGCCCGUUGAAAGUGGGCCCUCAUACCGUCAUCAUCCAUACCAGACGGUGUUGCCAGGCUCUCAAACCAAGGACCAUGAAGUAUCUUGGGCCAACCCAUUACAGCAGAACCCCUGGGCUAAGGAGAUCUUGGACCCCGCGAAACCAGAUAGGCGAGAUUUGUAUUCUAGGAUGGUUGGAGAGAACAUACCGACAAACAUACUACAGCAGACAGUGACAUCUGCGGAGUGUCAAAAUCACUGGCCUACAACAGAUAUAGACAUGAUGACUCCUUCUGAACGCCCGCCUGCCUCGCCUACACCACCAAGUUUUGAUAAUAAUCCACUGUUUCCACACCCUCAACCUCGCAUGUUAGCUCAGGAACCAGAUAAUCGGCUCUCGGAACAUAGAGUGAAUACUCCUACUACACCUCCGCGAGGGACCUUACCUCACGUGCGUACCCCUGAUCUCGAAAGUUCAAUCAAGCCAUUCUCUUUAUUCAAUACGCCAUCUCCGAAACGUCGACGAAAGAACUCUACACACCCAUCCACCGGUCGUACCGUCGGAAUCUUAUCAAAUGCCGCGUAUUCAAACCCGCGGGAUAUCUCAAGGGGCCAGCGACGAGUGUCAUUCGCCCCGUUACCAAACGAAGACAACAUGGACACUUCACCGGUAUUCAGCACCACAAGAGCCGCAUCACCUCCACCACGGAUACUCGUCAAUGCUGGGGAUGAGGAUGUCGACAACCAAUUUCAGGGACACUUUGAUGCCAUGAAGCUACGUGCCAGUAGCAGGAAUGUCCGACUUCGACUGCAGCCGCGUCUACUCCCGAGCCCCUCGCAGCAAAAGCCUGCAAGCCCGCAUAUUGGCGCAAUGGCAGAGGCUUUCCGAGGGGCGGAUGCUUAUGCGGCCUGUGGGCGUGAAGGUCUCGUUGAAACCCAGGAUAAAGAUGGUGAAGAUAUAGUUGAAGAUGUGGCUGAUAUAAAGCAAUCACCGUGGCGAAAAGAGAGCCAGGGCAUAGAUCACGUUGCGGACGUCAUGGAGAACUUGGAUGAUUUUCUCAACGCUUGGGACGUAAAUGUCGAGCUUCAGAAGGCGAGACAAGAAUCGGGAAGCAGAGACAGUUUUGAUGGAGACGCCCUAUGGUAAGGACAAAUAUAUGGUUGCAUGAUAUGGAAGGGCAAUGAUGGCAUGGGACCAAGUAAUAGGAGUUGUAUCGAUACCCUACAGUGCAUAUUGCUUUCAAGCAUGGUUAGGUGUUUAGUCGGCUACGGUCAGGCAAACGGCGUGGUUCCGGAAUAUCUUAGGGGCGGAGAUUUGUCACGAGGCUUUGCUUAGGUACCUUGUGAAGACAUAUUUGAUGUCUACCUAUUCAUCGUCACACAAGACUGAGUUUAUGUGUGAUCUCACCGAAAGCUUUAUUCUAGCUAUGAGCAUACCUAUUAAUCGAUAUAAGAGAGACUAUUAUUCAAUGCGUUGAAAACAGAUUCAUCACAUCUAAGACCUGAGGUAAACUUAUCUAAGAUAACUACUCUGGUUACUUUAUCGUAUCUCUCGAGGGCCCGGUUCUCC